AAACAAACAAACGCCUGUAUCUCUACACGCGGCGGGCCGGGCGGCUUGUAAAGCCCUGGCAGUUGACUUUGUCAAACUCAUCAUCAUAAAUUGGACUGUAUAGGCCUAUAAUCCAACUGGUUGUCUUGAGUCGUGCAAUAACGAUAUUGCUCUAUCAUUAAUUUCAAAGCUGCUGCUUAUUUCAAUUAUGCGUCAAAGAAUUCAAGCCAAAAAACAGACAACACCAAAGCCCUUGCCAGCACCACCGAAAAGCUGUGAGAAGUACAAGAAGGUGUCUCCUGUAAUUGACACAGGUCCGAACGUCCGUAAGCGGCAGGCGGCGCUGGAGCUGAUCAAGCAGUACUACCACGUGCGCGCCGACGAGCUGUUCCGGCGCAUCAAGGCGGCCACGCUGGUCACACUGGUGGUGGAGGUGGCGCGCCUCCAGCAGGAGGUGGGCUCCGCCGGACCGCCCCCGCCGCCGGCGCACAAGGACGCCGACCAUGAGAAGCGCGCCGAUCUGCAGAGUCUGGUGGAGGGCACCGGCGAGCUGUCACUCUCGGCCGGGGACGCUCCGGCCGCCCCGGCGCCGCCCUCCAUCGACGACCAGCCGUACCUGCUGCUCGACGUGCGCGAGCGGGCCGACUUCGAGCGCGAGCACAUCGUGACGGCGCGCCACUACCCGGCCGCUCGGCUGGCGCGCACCAUGAACUACGAGACGGCCGAGAUGUGGCGCUACAAGCGCUCCCCGGACGCGCUGGUGGUCGUCUAUGACGAGGACGAGGCUACUGCCCAGCGUUGCGCCACCACGCUUGCCCAGCGCGGCUACGACAACGUGUUCAUUCUCAGCGGUGGGCUCAAGGUGGCUCGGAGGAAGUUCCCGCAGGGCCUGCUGACCUCCGGUGACCGGGAUCGGUUCACUGCCGCCGAUAUCGAGGCUCUGAGCGUGGCGCUGGACACGUUCUACACUACCAUCGAGUCGCCGCGGGGCGCCGCCAGCAGUCGGUCCACACGCUCCGUGCACUCCUCGGACCUGCGUGCGGCCCGGCCGGCCACCAAAUCCACCACCAUGGACGGGCCGCGCUGGAAGCUGUAGCGCGGACGGACGCGGCGGCCGGAGGCACUGCGAAUGGUCGCGCUCCACCAGACAACUGAGACUGAGCUGCGAGGUAUGGGGCAAAACUAUCGGGAUCUCGCUGGUGAGAAGGCUCGCGAGAGCAAGGAUACGAGAUCGGUGGGCUGUCGCGGCUGUGUGAGAGCGAGCUGUUGGAGCGACGUCCCAGUUAUCGUUGGGACGAACUCUGUGUUCAUUUUGUUGGCUUUUCGCCUCAUUUCAGGGGCGGGACAUUCAGAGAAGUUACCAAUCGGGGUUCCCCGCGACACGUUUUCAGUGCAGCGGGGUGAUAUCGGUCGCAUGGACCGACUCUGAUCUUGACAUUGGUUGGAUGGUGAGACGCUACACAACACUUCACAAUCCAUGGGCACACGUCCUAUCCACGGACACAUUUACCCAUCCAUACACACACAUCGACUCCGUCCACAAAUCAAGAUACUGACGCAGAGUCACACCAAAACCAAACACUGAAUCCCGACACCCACAUUGACUUCAUUUUUGUAAUACCGUAAAGUGGGGCUAUUUGAGACAGUGGGGCUAUUUGAGACGGUAUUUAAAAUCGCUAUAAAAUGAAGAGCGUUUGAUUUUUAUGUGAUAUUUUUGCUCAGGAAGGUGUGGAAUCGAGCAGUAAAUUCGCCUGAGCAAAAAUUAAGCAAAAAUUUCAAACGGUUUUUAUUUUAUAACGAUUUUAAAUACUGUCUCAAAUAGCCCCACUGUCUCAAAUAGCCCCACCUUACGGUACACUGACUGACCAUCCACAGACGCGCGCACGGGUUCCGUCCACACAUACGCCGACUCCGUCCAGUAACGCUCAGUCUGACUGGGCGGCUCAUCCACAUACUACCGCCCGUAGUGGUCUAUUCCCAGGGAAAGUCAGGCCGAUAAUCGUGCCUCGUGGUGUUGUUUGGCACCGGGCGCCCAAAUCCAUCUGUGAAUGGUGGCGAAUCUGCCGGUCUGGCCGUGGCUGAAGCGGACCGAGACCUGAGGCCACUGUGACUGUGAUGUUUGAUCUCAACGUUUGUACAUUCUCAGUGCGAAUCUAGUCAAUACAGUGAAACGUUCUCA